GGACUUUGCAGAAACUGCUGCUGGUAAAUAUAUAUUUUAUUGCUGUAGCUAGUUCUCUGACACUGCUAUUACUACUACUCCUACUAGCGUCUUAUGAAAGCAGUAAAAUAAGAGUAGAGUAUGUUUACAGAAAAAAAGCUUAUUUAAUGUUUGUGAUGUGGCUAUGAUACAAUAACAGAAAAAAGAGUGUUUGGUCUGUCGCUUUCACAUUCCAUCAAGUACGCUCACUCCAGCAUUUCAUACGUCGAUGGCCAAUCUGGCAAUCGCUGUUACGGCAUAAUUCCCACCAUUAUAGCCAAAUGUGGCUCAUUCUUAAAAGAAGAAGGUUCGAUUUCGCUUACACACGCAGGACACUUGCCCUCUUGCCGUUUCAAAUGAAAAAAGUCCACGACCACGCUAAUGACUUGCUACGCUAUAAUACAAUAGGAUUGAUGGUUGAAGGCAUCUUUCGAAUGUCAGGCAGCGCAAAACGGAUUGGGAUGCUACAGCGAAUGUUUGACGAAUCAGACGACUAUGGAGCUCACUUUCAUUGGGGAGGAGGAUACACUGUCCAUGAUGCAGCCAAUGUUAUGCGGCGCUUUCUAAAUCACCUUCCGGAGCCUGUAAUUACGUUGGAUUUUUACCGGCCAUUUAAAGAUACUAUGCACGAAGAACAUCCGAGUCUGGAAGCCAAGGUUGAAGCAUUUCAACAUCUCAUUGAUGAAUUGCCUCUGGUGCACCAGUAUCUCCUGUUGUAUAUCAUGGAUAUGCUCGGCCUGUUUGCAAUGACAAGUGAUGAAACGCGUAUGGAUGUCUCGGCACUGGCUGCUGUUUUUGCACCGGGAAUGCUCUCUCACCCAGACGACGAGUUGAAUCCUGCCGGAUACAAGGAAUCACAACGCGUGCUUGAGUUCUUGAUCGAACAUCAGGACAAGUUUGCUGCUCCACGAUCAUGUAUUCCCGCUAAUCAAUCAUUGAUCCCUCGACAAAUCAACGUAUCAAAAGAAUCAGUAGUUUCGGAAGCGACGUUACGACAAAGACCAUCCAACAACACUUUAGGCCUAGCAAACAUCGCACAGGAUCUUGAACAGCACAGCCUUGGAGGAGGAUCAUCAGCAUCAGCAGGAGCAGCAAUACCAAAAUUGAAGCGUUCAGCUACAACAUCGACACCACCGAACAAAGGAGGAAAGAGACCGGGUCUUCCAUUCGGUAAUGACAGCAACAACAACAACGACGACACAGCAACGCCUUUACCGACGGUACCCACGUCACCUUCCCAAAUAAAACGAUCCAAGACAGUGCCGAGUAAGCGACAAAAAGAGAGCAGCAGUAGCAGUGAAGCCGCGGUACAUCAGGAUGAGAAAAAAGCACCUGGCCGAUGGAAAUCGAUUCGUCGGGUACCGGGUGGGAAACAGCAGCAACAGCAGCAGCAGCAGCAGCAGCAGCAACAACAACAACAACCGCAACCGGCGGCAGCACAUGAGCUUGUGUCGCAGUCUUAGCGCGCUUU